GUUGUUUGGUCGUGUCUUCAUCAGCUGCACAAAUCGAAUAAUCUUUUAAGGAUUACAGUGAAACAGAAUUAUCAAAGUGCAGGCAAGGUCUUCCUCUGCAUUCAUCUGCAAUGAGAACACAGGCUUUAUGGUUUUAUGCCAUCUACUCAUAUGACUCUCCAGCCUCCCCACGGCUGACCGUGAGCAGGGAGGUCAAAGCAGGUGACGCUGUGACUGCUUCCUGCUCUGUGUCUCACUCCUGUCCCACGGAGCUGCCUCACCUGAUCUGGAGCCGCAGUGGAACAACCACCAACCAAUCAGAGGAGCUGCCCAACGGCCAAUGGAAAGAGACGUCAAACUUAACUUUCACUGCCACAAACUCUGACCACAACCAGCAUCUGAUUUGCACAGCAAAGUAUCAGCAGGUCACAUCUGUGCAAUCUUCUAAAAUAUUGAAUGUGACAUAUGCCCCAGUCCGUGUGGAGGUCGAGCCUGAGUCCACAGUGGUGAAGGAGGGAGAUGCUGUGGAGGUGCAGUGCUCCAGUGACAGUAACCCUCCUGCACACGGCUACCAGUGGUACAACACCACUGGCACUCUGCUGUCAGAGGAACGAAUCUACAAACUGCACAACGUGUCCAGACACACUAAAGCUCUCUACUGUGCAGCCAUCAACACAGAGGGGCACAAGAACUCCACUCCGGCCAAGAUCAGCGUGGAGUACCCCCCAAGCAUUGGAGCACAAUCAGGCUGUGUUGCAGAAAUCACAGGGGUGAACUGCCGGUGCCUGGUGGAGUCCAGGCCUGCUAGCAGAGUCCAGUGGAAACUUGCAGAUGGCAAAACUGAAAACAGCAGCAGCGUCCACAGCACAGAUGGACAGGACUCCGCCACUGUUCACACACUGCAUUUCCACCUGGGCCUUACUGAUGUGGUGUCCUGCUACGCCAGCAACAGACAUGGGCACGAAACAAGGGUCCUGGAAACCAACCAAAGAAGAGUACUGAUGGCCAUCUACUUAUCAGGCUCGGCUGCUUCUGCCUUUGUGCUCAUAUUGGUUAUUUUAUUGCUGUGGAAAUGUUCAAGACGAAAAAAACGCGAUGACCAGCAUGUGGGAACACAGGAAAACAUAGCGCCAGCCAAAUCCCGCAGCAGGGGAAAGGGGCCUGUUGAAGAUCCGUCUGCAACCGGGGAUGAUAACAUUUAUGUUAACAGUGUGCACGUUUAUUACUGA